UGUCCCUCGUGUCGGUGACCCAUGUAUCACUCUCACCGUCAGGUUUCCUGUUCCUCCAGCUUCCCUCAUCAGUGAUCCCGGGGUUAAUUCCCUGAGUCACAGGAUUCUGAUUCUUCCUGCUUCUCAUCACUGGACCUGUGCUUGACUCCCACCAUCUACAGAGUUCCGAGUCCUCCUGCCUCCAUCAUUAGCGUCACCUGCACAACAACCAGGAUUUAGUUGUUUACUUGUAGGUUUCAUUAACCAUCAGGUGGAGUAGCAUGGUGAAGGAGACAGGGUGUGUGGCCCCCCCGGCAAGAUGACCCAGACGACAUAUUCCCACCCUCACCCGCGGGGUCGCCCUCCGCCCCUGCUAUGCCCACACCCGAGUGUAGUGAUCAGGAGAUGUGUGAGAUGGCAGCACGUGGUGGUGGCAGUGGUAGUCGCUGUAGCGGGCUCCUGCGGGCGUGUGGAGGGAAGUGUGGAGUCAGUGAGGUUCUCUGCAGAGCAGUACAACGCCAGCGUCCCGGAGAAUGCUCUGGGCAACACAGCCGUCGUCAGUGACACUAUGAUGGGAGUCUACGUCACCGACCCAACACUCAAGAUUAAGUAUCGCAUCACAGAAGGGGAUAACCAGAAUUUCUUCCGGGCGGGAAAGCGGGUCGUCGGCGACUUCUGCUUUCUUGAGUUGCGCGUACGCACUGGUAACCGCCACGUUCUAAACAGGGAGAGUCGCGACCAGUACCGUCUGAAGGUGAAGGCACAACACCGUCAUCACGACGGCAGCAAAGAAGACCUCCCAGGAGCUGUAACUGAGGUAAUCAUUACCAUUACUGACCUCAACGACCUUACACCAUUCUUCCUGCAAGACGAGUACCACGUACGGCUCAGCGAGGACACACCUCUUCAUGCCUCAGUAGCGCGCGUCAAAGCCGAAGACCCAGAUAGUGGUCUCAAUGGCCAGAUAUAUUAUAGUUUCUCUGACCGCACGCCAGUGUUCGCUAUCCAUCCUACCUCUGGUGUGGUCACUCUCACGCGACCACUCAGUUUCCUGGAGAAGGCAGCAUACGAGUUGACGGUGCAGGCACAAGACCGGGGCCGCCGUCAGCAUGGAGGGUGGCCAUCUCACGCCAAACUCUAUAUUAAUGUUACAGAAGAAAAUGUUUAUGAUCCACAAAUAUUAGUUGUCAAGUUGCCUGAGUCAAUGCCACGAGCCCAUCUGGCUGUAGUUGCCAUCAUCAAUGUAGCGGACCAGGACCGUGGCCCCAGUGGCGAGGUGAGGUCGUUAGAGAUAGUGGAGGGCGAUCCUGAUCGCGUUUUUCGUGUCCUGCCAGGCUCUGGUGCUAAUGAAUUUAACCUGGCGGCCCUCGAUACCAUUGAUUGGAGCGAGUCGCCAUUUGGCUUCAACUUAACAUUAAAAGCUACAGAUGGAGGCAAUCGACCACGGUUUAGCUACAAGGUGGUGCGAGUGGCAGCACCACCAUUACCUCAGCAGGAGGCGGUAUUUACACAAGAGGUGUAUGAGGCUACCGUCAGCGAAAUAGCGCCUGUGGGCACGCGGGUGGUGCAAGUAGGCUCUUGGCUUCCUGGAGCACAGCGCCGCAUCGAGUUUUCUAUAGUAGCAGGAAACAAAGGGGGACAGUUCCGUAUAGACCCCUUCUCUGGCGUCAUCACCACUGGAGCUACUCUGGAUGCUGAGACCCGCACUGACUACACUCUCACCGUUGGAGCAACCAGCCCAUCCGUCAUCUUGCCGCUGCAGCAAACUUCUGCCAAGGUAAUAGUGAGAGUGCUGGAUGCCAACGACAACACGCCCAUGAUUGUGGCACCUCAGGGCGUAGUACGUGUGGACGAGCACCAGCCCGCCGGCACCUGGGUGACUAAGGUGCGGGCACAGGACUAUGACUCCGGGGAGAAUGGGUACGUUUCCUACAGCUUAGCAAAUGCCGAUGAUGUGCCUUUCACGGUAGACCAUUUCACGGGCGAGGUGAGCACCACCCGCGCUCUAGACUACGAGACAGAGCGACGUACGUGGAGACUGCUGGUGCGUGCAUCAGACUGGGGCUCUCCCUACCGUCGUCAGAGUGAGAAGGUCAUCACAGUGCACGUAGAAGACGUCAAUGAUAAUAGACCACAGUUUGAGCGUAUAGACUGCACCGGCUUCAUAGACCGACUCACUCCUCUGGGAUCGGAAGUUUUUACGCUUUCUGCUGUGGACUUCGAUCAAGGAAACAUUAUCAGUUACAGGAUUGUAGGUGGUAAUGACGACCGUUGCUUUGGCCUAGAUUCCACCACGGGUGUAUUGACAUUGGCAUGCGACUUGCAGGAUCUGAUGGUCUCAGAACGUAUACUCAACGUAACAGCAACAGACGGUCAACACUUCGCCGAUACCUUGGCACUGCGUCUACAGUUAGUCAGACAGCAGAACCCAUCAGCACACUCGUGGACGGUGCUGGACUGCAGGGAGAUGGGUGUAGCUCAACGUCUAGCUGAGCAGCUUUCACGUGCUGAAAAAAGUAAUCGCCAAGAUGAUCUCAUUAGCUUGCUGACACCACCAAUGACAGGGCUGAACGCACACGGGCCAGAACUGCUGCACGUGCCCCUGGAGGUCCGUGUACGAGAGAACAGCGACCCGGGCACCUUGGUGCUUAAGAUUGAAGCUCAGGAUGAUGAUAGCGGCUACCCAGGACAUCUAGUUUAUGUCAUUUCAUCUGGCAACGAAGAAUCUGUGUUCAUGAUGGACUUAGAAACCGGGGCUCUGACGGUAGCAGGCCUGCUAGACCGGGAGAAAGUUGCUCGCUACAAUCUCAACUUAACUGUAUAUGAUCUAGGUAAACCGCAGCGCUCAGCCUCCCGCCUUGUUGUUGUCACUCUUGUCGACGAAAAUGACAAUGCUCCUAACUUUGAUAAACCAGCUUAUAGCUUCUUCUUGCCAGAGAACGUGGCCAACGGCACUAGUGUGUACGAGUUGCGGGCACAAGAUCCCGAUGAGGGCACCAAUGGCGUGGUGACAUACAGUUUGGCUACCGACACGAAAGACUUCAGACUGGACCCUGUGAAUGGACGGCUGAGCGUGGCAUGGCCCCUGGAUCACGAGACUCAUGACGUGUACGAGUUGCGUGUGGUGGCUACUGACGGCGGGGCACGAUCUGCGCACGCCUACGUCACAAUUCAAGUAGCCAAUAUCAACGACUGCCCUCCUGUCUUCCCCACUGAACGAUCAACUGCUGUGCGUGUUCCCGAGGACCUUCCUGUGGGUGCACUAGUUACGCUUGUGACGGCCCACGAUCCGGACUCUCCUCGCCUGCGCUACACUCUCAUGGGUGGGCAUGAGGGCAUUUUCGAGCUAGACGCAGACACAGCGGCGCUGCGCCUCGCUGCUAAACUAGACUACGAGACCAGGCCCGCCUACAACAUUACGGUUCGUGCCACUGAUGAUGGUACGCCUCCACUCUCUGCCAGCACCCACGUCAUUGUGCAGGUGGUGGAUGUUGACGAAAAUGUUCACGCGCCAGUCUUCAUGAAGGACGUGGAGCAGGCCCAGGUGCUGGAGUCUGCUCCUCCACACACCCUGGUUGCUACCUUCAGCGCCGUCGACGGUGAUCACAAUCCUGCUGACGCCGCCAUCACUUACUCCUUGGUGGGUUCUGAAGGACGAGGUGUCUUCUACAUCGACCAGAAGGGUUCCAUCUACACGUCAUCAUGGUUGGACCGAGAGACAGUGUCAAGAUACUGGCUCAGUGUGCGAGCCCAGGACUCCGGCACAGUGCCCAAACACGCCACCCUUCACGUGUACGUGGAGGUAGUGGACGUGAACGACCACCGUCCACUGAGCUCGUGGCCUGUAUACUGGCCUGGUGUGGCAGAGAACUCUCCCCCGGACACCGUGGUGGUGACUGUGGACGCCAGCGACCCGGACCCCGGCGCUAACAUCACCUAUAACAUCACAGCAGGCAACCCACAGCUCCUCUUCACCAUCGAUUCCACCACAGGUGAAAUACGGACAACAGCAAGACGCCUAGAUCGAGAGAGACAAGCUGAACAUGUUCUUGAAGUUACAAUUUCUGACGGGGAUGAUCCCUCCACUGCCCUCUCUUCCACCACCUAUGUUGCCGUCAAUGUCCAGGAUGAGAAUGAUCAUGCCCCUGUGUUUCUGGAAAGACUCUACAAGUUUUAUGUGCCUGUCAUUGCUCAUCACAACCCACAGAUGGAUGAAUCAGUUUUAGAUAAUGACUAUAUAGAAGAUAUGCCCAUUGGGCAGAACUUCUCCUCACCUGAUGCUGACUACUUCCUCCCUUACAAGAAUGUGAGGGUGAAAGAUGCAGAGGAAGAUGAGGGAUCUGGGGGAGGUUCCCUUAUCCUGAAAGAGUAUAGGAGCUCCGGCCCUCUUGUGGAAAUAAUGGAAGACCAACAGAGGGUGGAGGAGGAGGUGGAGCUGGAAUAUGUUCCUAUAUGUAGGGUUGUGGCAGUGGAUGAAGAUGAAGAUGAUAAUGGGAAUGUAAGUUAUCGCAUAGAUUCUACCAAAUUUCAUGGCCUGUUUAAGAUUCAUCCAAAGACUGGUGUAAUAUCUGCAAAGGCUGGAUUGGAUCCAAGGGAAGAUUAUGAAUUCACGGUCCAAGCAAUAGAUAAUGGACGUCCACAAAAAUCUAACUCGUGCUUGGUACUUGUUAACUUGGUGCCUAUACUUAAAACAUCUCCACACCCACCUGUUAUUCGGGAGCAGCCAGAGGUUCGUGUGACGGUUCUGGAAAGUGACCCUAUAGGUCACCAUGUUACUCUGAUUGAAGCUAAUGAUGAUGAUGGUGACCAACUCUGGUUUGAUAUUAUUGGUGGCGACAUUGAGAACAUGUUCACUGUCGGGAGGGAUACUGGAAGUGUCAUGGUGGCUGGGCAUCUGGAUGCUGAACUAAAGUCUCUCUACAACUUAACUAUUUCUGUUACUGAUGGAGUUCAUGUUGUUACAACUCAGUUAAUUGUGUCAGUGUUGGAUGUGAAUGACUAUCGACCAGCAUUCUCUGCACCCAACUAUGAAGUUGAGGUGGGAGAAAAUACUGCCCCAGGUACUACCAUCUUCACACUCACUGCCUCAGACCCAGAUUCUGAUCAACAUCUAACAUUCACCCUCAUCAAUACUGCCCAUACUUCUUCAGCAGCAAAAUUCAGAGUCAGCCCAAUGAGUGGUGACAUUGUUCUUUAUGAACCAUUAGACAGGGAAGUGCAAGAAGAACACAUCUUGACAGUAGGAGUUAAAGACGGCAUCCCUCCAACCAAGAGUAAUUAUGCUCGUGUUAACAUCAAAGUACGAGACUAUAAUGACCAUUCCCCACAGUUUCUUGCAACUCUCUACAAUGGCACUGUUACAGAAACUGCAACAAUUGGAACAACAGUUGCUGAAGUAAUAGCAAUUGACCGUGAUAAAGGUGCUAAUGGUCAUAUAAUGUACUCAAUUGUAUCAGGGAACAUUGGUGGUGUGUUCAGCUUGGAUCCAGAGACUGGAAUUAUAUCAUUAGCAAGAGCUGUUGACCGUCAGGAGAUGCCAGAAUAUUGGUUGGCUGUUCGUGGCAGUGAUAAUGGCUCCCCGCCUCGACAUUCUCACGUCAAUGUUAACAUUCAUGUGAAGAUUGCAAAUGGUGCUCCUCCAAGGUUUUUGAAGAAAGUGUAUGUCUUUGAAGUUAGUGAAGCAGCCCAUAUGGGGGAUUAUCUUGGAAUUCUCGAAGCUGAAAGUCGCCUGGGCGUUGUCUUUUCUUUCAUAGGUGAAUCACGCCGCAAUCCCUUUGCUAUAAACCCAGCUUCUGGCAUGGUUUCUUUAGACACGCCUGUGGAUUUUGAAGAAGUUCAAUCAUACAACUUUACUGUCUUGGCAUCAUCUAUGAAUGGACAAGAAGCCACUGCUCAACUGAUAAUAAACAUUCGAGAUGAGAACGACAACCCCCCAUACUUUACCCAAAGCUCUUAUAGUGGCCACAUAUCUGAAGCUGCUGCUGUGAAUUCUGUCGUGCUCAUGGAAGACAACAGUCCAUUGGUAAUCUCUGCACGGGACAAAGAUUCUGACCAGAAUUCUAAUUUAGUCUUUACCAUACUGGAAGAAGAAGCAAGAAUGUAUUUCACAAUUGAUUCUUCAACAGGUGCUAUAAGAACUGUUGGCCCCUUAGAUCACGAGGUGGUGGCUAAGGUUAGAUUCAGUGUGAAAGUGCAUGAUAAUGGUCAACCCAGGUUGUCGGCAUCUACUACAGCUUCAGUUGCAAUUACCAUUACUGACAUCAAUGAUGUUCCACCAAGGUUCCUAUUACAAGAGUACAAUGCAACUUUGCUCACUCCAACACAAAGGGAUGUAUCUGUAGUCCAUCUGAAUGCCACUGACCUAGAUUUUGAUGGUAAAGCCAAUCUUGAAUAUGAAAUAGCUGAUGGAAACAAGGACGGAAAGUUUAAGAUAAAUGCAAAAACUGGACUCCUCACAGUUAAUGAUUCCAGUAAUCUUGCUAGCCACUAUCAACUCAAGGUCACUGUGAAUGAUGGACAAUUUGCAUCAAGUGCAGCUGUCAACAUUCACGUUGAACCAAUACCCCAAACUGGGUUGAGGUUCAGCGAAGAAAAAUACUUUGCUGCCGUUGAAGAAAAUAGCACACGAGUGGACAAGGUUGCAAUGGUUCAUGUUCUAGGAAGUAAUCUUAAUGAGCAUCUCAGGUUCAGCAUUCUCAACCCAACAGACAUGUUCACCAUUGGUGAUACAUCAGGUGUCAUUCAGACCACUGGCAAGCCUUUUGACCGAGAAGUCCAAGACAAUUAUUUAUUAGUAAUAGAGGUCCGCAGUGUAGUACACACCACCCCAGCUCGAGUGGCUCAUGUGCAGGUACAUGUGGUAGUCACAGACAAAAAUGACAAUGCCCCAAUCUUUGUUAACACACCUUACUAUGGAGUUAUCUCAGUUGAUGCUAAGAAGCAUCAGAUUAUUUUUAGGGUUCAUGCUACUGAUUUUGAUGCUGAUGAAAAUCGUGAUGUUCGUUAUGAGCUUCAACGUGGGAAUGGGGAGGUGUUUGCCGUAAGUCGUUCAACAGGCGAAAUAAGUCUGAAACAAACACUAGAGGGCCUCAAGAGUGAAUAUGAGCUUUUGAUAAGUGCUUAUGAUGGUGGCUCCCCACCUUUGUCUUCACAAGUUCCUGUUCGACUUAAAGUGGUGGACAGAUCGCAGCCAAUUUUUGACAGACAGUUUUACAGUGCUUCUGUAGCAGAGAAUGCAGAAUCUCACACACCUAUUGUGACUGUCACAGCUCACAGUCAGCUUAAUAGAAAACUGAUUUAUACAGUUGUUGGUGGUAAUGAACAUCAAACAUUUGCUAUGGAGCAUGAAGAGGGUCUAAUUCGAGUCCAAGAUGGACUUGACUAUGAGACUCAGAAUUCCUACCAGCUAACUGUGAGAGCCACAGAUAGUUAUUCUGGCAAGUGGGCUGAGGUGGUUGUCUCAGUACAAGUUACUGAUGUCAAUGACAACCCUCCAGAGUUUUUACAGCACUUUUACAACAUCACAGUGUCAGAGGCCACUGCUAUUGCAACUCCAGUUUUGACUGUCACUACCUCAGAUGAAGAUACAGGACCAAAUGCAGGAGUGAGUUAUCGGUUAAUGGGACUUAAUGGGACAUUACCCAAGAACUUCUAUAUGGAGGGAGAUUCUGGGGUGUUGAUACUAAAGCAAGGACUGGACCGAGAAACAGUGCCAAUUCACCAUUUCUUGGUGCAGGCCAUUGACAAAGGGACACCACCACUCUCAUCUACAGCACAUAUUCUGGUAACAGUUCUGGACAUGAAUGAUAACCCACCGGUAUUUGAGCAACAAGCCCAGCACUGUUUAGUGACGGAAGAUGCUUCUCGUGGCCAUUUUGUCACUCUUGUUUCUGCCUCUGAUGAUGAUGUUGGUGAUGUAAACAAACUUACUUACACUAUUGUUGAUGGCAAUGACCUACAGGUUUUUGCAAUCAACUCUGCUUCAGGAAUUAUAACUGUUUGGAACAGCCAAAAGCUGGGCGAGAGUGAUGAGCAUAUACUAAAUGUGUCAGUGAGUGAUGGGGUCUUCACAGCCUAUACACGUGUGGUAGUUACUAUCACACCAGUCAAUGCCCAUUCUCCAACCUUCAAAGUUGCCCAGUAUGAUGCUUCAAUUCAAGAAAAUUCUGCCAUCAAAACUACUGUUGCUCACGUGUCUGCUAGAGAUGGGGAUUCAGGGCGUUACGGUGAUGUGACAUACCAUUUUAUAGGCGAUGAUGCGCACAAGUUCUUUAGAAUAAAUGAAAACACAGGUGAUGUAUGGACAUCAGAAAUAUUCGAUCGUGAAGAGAGAGCUGAAUUUGCCUUCACCGUGAUGGCAAUGGACAUAGGUGGGCGCACUGGCUUCACCACACUUCACAUUUCUGUUGAUGAUGUGAAUGAUAAUAAACCCAUAUUUAUGCAGUCAGAUUAUAAAGCAAUUAUUAGAUCCAAUGCUACUGCUGGAUCUGUUGUAAUGAAGGUGGUCGCUGGGGAUGCAGAUGCUGGUGAAAAUGGAACGGUGUCAUACCGUUUUCAUAGUUCAGCUUUACCAGACACAAUGGCUGCAUUCUCUCUAAACUCAGUAACUGGCGAAGUAACAAUGAAGAGAAACGCACGUGAUUUGGGGAGCUCUGUGUUCGAGUUCUUCAUUGAGGGAAGAGAUAAUGGGCGACCAGUCCUUCAUUCAAAUGUGGCAGUAUUAUUACGUAUCGUGGAUGUGGAUGUCAGACCCCCAGAGUUUCUGUCUCGGAUAUACACUCUUACAGUCUCUGAGGACACACCACCAGGCACUCACAUUGGGUCAGUGGGUGCCCGUUAUGAUGGUGAAUUAGAAUACACAGUUGAGUGGGGAGGUCAUGAAAUAUCUCCGCCAGUGUCUGUCUCAUCGGAGGGCACACUGACCCUCACGUCUUUGCUCGAUCGUGAAGAUGUUCGACGACUCUCUCUUAUAGUCACUGCUAUGCCUGUUGACAAGCCUGAGCUAGCAGCAAGUACGAAUGUAGUUAUUGAAGUCCAAGAUGUUAAUGAUGAGUCACCAACAUUUGAAAGUGAGAAGUACUAUGUGUCGGUAGCAGAAAACACACCGUCUGGAUCAAAUGUUGUUAAAGUGUUUGCUAAUGAUCGUGAUGCAGGAAGCAACUCUGAGAUCCGUUAUAUAUUGGAAGAGCAAUCACCACUUGUUGAGGAGCCUCUCUUUACUCUUGAUCCUUAUUCAGGGUGGCUUUCUCUAAAUCAAGAACUAGAUGCUGAGACAAAAUCCAAAUAUGAAUUAAAGGUUCUUGCCAGGGACAAUGGCAGUCCACAAAAAAACUCAACCACAAGUAUUAUAAUUGAGGUCAUUGACUAUAAUGACAAUGCUCCACAAUUUGUUAAGAAGAGCUAUCAUGCUGCAGUCAAGGAGAAUGCUCUUCCUGGAACAGUUGUGGUGCAGCUAGAAGUUAUUGAUGUUGACCUGGGAGGAGGAGCCUUGGAUGGGGAAGUGGGACAAGGCAUAGUGUAUUAUCUCACAUCCGGCAACGCCUUUCAGCAUUUUCAUGUCCGAAGUGGUGGACAGAUAUAUGUCGCUAAAACCCUUGAUCGGGAGUCUGUGGACCACUAUACCUUAGAAGUUACUGCAACUGAUGGUGUCUUUGUGGCAAAAUCUUGGGUCUACAUUGAAAUUUUGGAUGUUAAUGAUAAUGGUCCUCUGUGCACCACACCAAUGUACCAUCACACCAUCAGUGAGUCUGCAUUGCCUGGAACAUUACUACUCAGAGUGUCUGCCACUGACCGUGAUCUUUCACCUAAGCUUCAGUUCUAUCUCACUGGUCAGGGUGCAGGAAUGUUUGCCAUAGAUGUUGAUUCUGGCCAACUUAGUGUAGCCAAACCUCUAGAUCGUGAGAGACAGUCACACUUUUUGCUCAAAGCUACUGUGAAGGAUGGAGGAAAUUUGGACUGGGAAUGCACUUGUCAGGUGGAGAUAGAAGUUACAGAUGUGAAUGAUAAUCCGCCCAUUUUUAGUAUGCCCAGUUAUAGCAUCAAUGUACCUGAAAAUUCUCCAGAGAAUCUCCUCCUACUAAAAGUUCAUGCAUCUGAUCCAGAUAAAGGAAUAAAUAGAAAAGUUACAUAUGCUUUAGAGGGAGAAGAUAUAUUUUUGAUAGAUCGACAAACGGGAAUAUUGAGCGUAAUUGAAACACUGGACAGGGAAAGUCGUGCCAUGUAUAACCUAACUCUAAUAGCUACUGAUCAUGGCUCUCCUUCACUGUCAUCAAGGACAAACAUUCUUGUACUAGUUUCAGAUAUUAAUGAUAAUCCACCUGAAUUUGCCAGCCACACUUACUUUACAACAGUGACCGAGAGUGCAAAUACUGGAUCAGACAUAGUGCGUGUAUUAGCUACUUCCAGAGACUCAGGAAAGAAUGCAGAAAUAACUUAUUCCAUUAUAGGAGGCAAUGAACACCGCAAGUUUGCUAUUCAUCCAAAAACAGGUGUAGUGUCUAUACUGGACCCACUGGACUAUGAAAGAGCACACUCCUACCAGCUGACAGUUCAGGCAACGGAUGGGGGUGAGCCGCCUCUCUCUAAUCAUGCAACCAUCAAUGUCACUGUUACCGAUAUCAAUGAUAAUGAGCCAAUUUUUCUGCAGAAUUCCUACUCUGUGAUUGUUAAUGAAGCUGCAAUCAUUGGAGAGAGAUUGAUACAGGUGGUAGCAACUGAUUUGGACAGCCUGGCAAAUGGUAGAAUUACCUAUGGCAUUGCUAAUGGAGAUCCUAAUCAUCAAUUCCGUAUUGACCAGCUAUCGGGUUGGGUGUCGGUGGCAGGUCCCCUAGACAGGGAGUCCAUUGCCUCUUAUAACCUUGAAGUAAUUGCUUUGGAUCAAGGCAUCCCUCAGAGGUCAGGGUCAGUCAUGGUGAAUAUUGAAGUGAGUGAUGCAAAUGAUAAUCCACCUGUGUUUGUAGAAACAAAUCACACGGCAUAUGUUCAGGAGGACAAACCAGUGAAUCAUCUUGUGUUUAAAUUUGAUGUCAUUGAUGGUGAUGAUGAUGCAGCACACAAUGGUGGUCCAUUUACAUUUGAAAUAAGAUCUGGUAAUGAUAACACAGCCUUUAGAAUUACUCAAGAUGGACACCUGCGGACAGCUACAAAGUUUAAUCAUAAAGUACAAGGGCACUACCGCCUUCAGAUCCGAGUGUAUGACAAUGGCCGUCCACCUCUCUUCUCAGAAACCUGGAUUGAUGUUAAGAUUAUUGAAGAGUCCCGGUAUCAUCCAGUUGUGUUUCCACUACAUGUGACAGUGUUCGUGCAUACAGGUGAAUACUUCGGAGGAGUCCUUGGCAAAGUUAAAGCUGCAGAUGAAGAUCCUUAUGAUACUCUGACUUACUCAAUAAUGCCCGACCCUUUGGGUGUUAACACCAGGUAUUUUACCAUUAAUCCACGUGAUGGCACAUUAUCUGCCCAAGGAGGUCUAGAUGAAGGCUCAUACACAGUGAACAUAUCAGUUACUGAUGGAAAAUUUACAACUUUCAGUGAAGCUGAAGCUGAAGUGGUUGAUAUUAGUGACGAUAUGGUGGAGAGUGCUGUUAUUGUUCAACUUGCAGGGGCAACCCCAGAAGAGUUCUUGUUAUCAUACAGACGUAGCUUUCACAGAGGAGUAAAGAACCUUCUCAAUGCCAAAUCUCGCGAUGUCAUCAUUUUAAGUCUGCAGAACAGUCAUGCAAGAGCACGAAGAGACAGCAAAAAGAAAUCAGUUGGAAAAUCUAUUUUUGAACAAGGGGAUCUAGAUGUGCUUUUUGUUGUCCGAAAGUCUUCUAGUGAUUAUUACCCCAGAAACUUUGUGCGAAAGAAGAUUUCCUCAGGUCGACAGACUUUGGAGUCAGUUCUUGGUCUUCAUGUAAUUGGAGUGCUUGAGGACGAAUGCACUGAUAAUACCUGUGAAAAUGGCCUGUGUGAGGAACGUAUUGUGCUUGAUGAUGAAGAAGUUGCCAUUACCACAGAUACCAUGAGCUUUGUUUCUCUCCGCCAUCACCAUGAAUCAAAGUGUAUAUGUCCUAAUGGCUUUUCUGGUGCUCGAUGUGACAUUGUUGUCAAUCAGUGUGCCCAUAAACCUUGUCCAUCAUACAAGAAGUGUAUCCCUGACAGCUCGAGACUAGGAUAUGUUUGUCUAUGUCCUGAAGGAUUGGUAGGUGCCACAUGUAAACAAAACAAGUCUAGUUGCAUUGGUAAAGACAAUAUUCCUGAAUGUUACAGCCCAGUAUCACCAUUAUCUUUCAAAGGGAAGAGUUAUGCACAGUAUUCGCUCCGCAAUCCUAUUGAACGCCACUUUUCCUUUUCUCUGUGGUUCCGGACACUUCAUCCAUCUGGAAAUCUCAUGUUUACGGCUGGUAGAAUUGACUACAGCAUCUUAGAGUUGGAGGGUGGUGAGUUACGUUAUCGCUGGGACCUUGGUAGUGGGGAAGGAGUGGUUGCUGUUACUUCUCUGCGUGUUGAUGAUGGACAGUGGCAUCAUGUUAGUCUUGAGCGAUUUGGUAACACAGCUGAAAUAACAGUGGAUGGCCAGCAUCGUGGACAAGGUGCUUCACCCGGAUCAUCUGACUUGCUCAAUCUUGAUACUCCACAUUUAUAUCUAGGAGCUGAAGUACGACCUUGGGCAGGAGCACAGGACCCACGCCAGGGUCUUGUAGGAUGUGUCGAUGACCCCAGAGUUGAUAAUACACCCUUGCCCUUGACUCACACAACUACCACCAAGGUGGCAUCACUUACUAGACUGACACAUGUAGCACCUCACUGCCAAGCUGCAUUGCAACCUCCUGGUGUCUGUGGUGCUCAUCCUUGUCUUAAUGGUGGUACAUGUGAGGAGAGAGGUUCAUCUUUCAUAUGUCAGUGUCAUCCUCGUUUUCAGGGUUCCCGUUGUGAGUUGGAUUCUAAUCCAUGUGCAUCAUCCCCAUGCUUAAAUAAUGGACAUUGCGUCAAUAUUGAAAACGCUUACAGAUGUGAAUGUCCAGCCCGAGUGUCAGGCCCGCGUUGCCAGUAUAUGUAUUGCAAUCCUAACCCUUGCCUCAAUAGGGGAGUAUGUGAAGAAGGGAUUUCAGGUCCAAUUUGUAAGUGCAGAGGAUUCACCGGUGCCUAUUGCAACAUCGACAUCAACGAAUGUGCCAAAAACCCUUGUCACAAUGGUGGCACUUGCAUCAAUUCUUAUGGUAGUUUCCGCUGUAUGUGUCCAGGGAAUGCCACGGGAACUUAUUGUGAUGCAUACAGAGGAUCUUUCAUUGACAUUGGCAUGGAAGAGAUCAUCUACAUUGUUAUUGGCAUUGUAGCUGUCUUCAUUCUUGGCCUUAUAAUUGUUCUUGCAAUGCAUUGUCGAGACAGAAGAGCAGCACGCAGACGACAGCUAAUUGAACAGACAAAUCAUGUCAUUCUGAAACCCAAAAAUACAGAUAACCACAACAUUUAUAAAAGAAAUUCAAAAUUGAGCAACUUGGAAGCUUCUCAGAAUCCGCACGGUUGCACGCCUCGCCCCGACUCCUACCCCACUAGUCCUAGUGAACCUGCGUACAUGCCGCUAAACAACUUUGACACCAUCCGUAGCUACGGCUCAGCUGGAGAUGAGCUAGAGAACCUCCCUCAGUAUCCCCGGGAGUUUGUCCAAAACAUAUCCAAGUCCAACAGCCUCUAUCAUCACCACACACCCCAGAUUAAUCCCUUGGGAACCCCUCGGGGCUCUACGUUGGGUUCUUUGGUGGGUUCUGGUUUGGGGUCUGCCAUAUGUUCCCCAGGCACUGCAACACCUGCAGACACUGACAGUUUGCACAAACCUUGGAAGGAUGCACUUGCACAUAACCUCAAGGACACCUACUAUGAGAAUAACAAGAUUCAGAAUGAUGUAAAGUUCCGUCAGGGUGAGUACUUGAGCCUCAAGAAGUUAAGUGUAGAUGGCAGUUCCAGGGAUGAUGCCAGUGUACGGUCAGGGACAUCAAUGGAUGAUAUACCAGGCUACCACUGGGAUUGCUCAGAUUGGGCACGACCCUCCCAGAAUCCACUUCCUAACAUCAUGGAGGUCCCUGGAGGUGAAGUGAGAGAUUCUUCAUCAUACCAUUCCAAUGAAUCAAAUGAAUCUAUUGUAGUGGAACCACCAAAAAACCAGCCUUUGAUGCCACCAGUUGAGGGCCCUGUAGACCCUGGUCGUGACAUGGAGACCUUGCCUGCUGAUGAGCUUAUCAGUGAAUGUGAUACAGAAUUUGAACUAGAAUCUCGGCCUGAUCUGGAUACUUCUCAGCUUCUUGAUCCUAAUUCUGAUGCUGGUGCAGAAUCAGACACAUCCUUGUUUACUCCACAGCCACAAAGAUAUGAGACUCACCCCAACCAAUACCUUCCACAUUACCAAAUUGGCAGUGAAACAGAAACAGAAGAUGAGAGAAGCAAGCUAUUAAAUACACUUGAUGACCCUUACAGUGUACAUUACCAGCCUGCUCCAAUCAGUCAUCUCCCAGAGGAUCGAGAUGGUGUUACGUAUUCUCCAUAUCGAAUUCGAAGCAAUCGCAGACACGAUACUGUGAAACGAUUUAGCGAGUUUGGAGGCGAUAUGUCUGUGAUUUCCGGUAUGGAAGAUGAAGAGGAGGGAGCCUCCCUUUGGGGAGGUGAAGCUUCAAAUACAUCUGCAUCAGACCUGGAUAAUGUCUGUGAUAUUGAGGACUCAGAAGUAAACUCCGAAUUUGAAAAUGAUGAUAAAACAAAGAAGUGAAUAAUGAGUACAGUAUUAGUUCAACUGGGUUCAUAGUUUUUUUGAAUCCUUCAGAAUAUGACUGACCAUAUAAACUUGAAAUGUUUUGAGUGAAGCGCACAAAUGGAACUGUAUGAAUGGCAUAUUUUUAUACAAUGAAAAAUCAAAACAUCAUUGAGUCUGCAAACUUUUUAAAUAAAACCUAAAUGAUGGACAAAUGUAUUAAACUAAGAGUGAGUGACAAAGAAACUGACAGGAUUGUCUAUUUUUCAGCUGCCAUUUCUUAGUGCCUGUAUGCUGAUUAAGUAAAAUAAGGAUUCAAAUAUAAUAUGUAUAUCUUCCAGUGUGCCUAAUAUCCCAAGGUCUUCAUUAAUUCAUAUAAAGACAGAAUGGUUCUCAUAUUUUCAUGUGUAAUUCUGAAUUGCAAUUCCUUGGGCAAAGUGCCAAUUUUUUAUCUGUUAAAAGAAAAGCAAGGACUAUUUAUGUAUAAUGUCCGUAAAUUAGACCUACUAGCACUGGAUAUGAUCAUUUUUGUCAUCCAGGAAGUGACAAUUAGAAAUGUUUCCUUGGAGUACUAUGUAUAGUCUUAAGGUCUAUGGUGCUACUGGAGGAGACAGUGCAACAAUACCUGGCAGACAAGGCAGUUUGCUGGAGGAGGCGAGUGGUCCAUGUAAGAGUGUUGUGUAUAUAAAUGUGUAAAUACAAAACUUAUAUUUCAUUGUAUAUAACUUCCAAAAUGUGUUCCACAGAACGUUUAUAUUUUUUGCAGAGCAAACAGACAGGGUUAGAUCUUUCAGGUAUGUUUUGCUGCCUGCGAUGAUUCUGGGUAUGCAACCAAUCACAGCUCGGCUGAAUGAUCCACUAGUCUGCAUUAGAUGUAGCAGUCUUUUAGUAUUUUUGUCAUUUCAAUAACUUGCCACUCAAAACCAAUUUCAUCUAUUAAAGUACUGUACAGUAUUAUUUUAUGGUCACUGAGUUAGAGAAUUUAAAUACUGUAUAAUUAACUUUUUUGGAAACAUUUUAUUUAACAGUACAGUACUUGAAGAAAUUACUGUUUUGUGAGGGUAUUGCAUUUUUUAAUCUACCAUGUGCCAAAGGCAAGUCAUUUAUUUCCACAAGUGUCCUUGAACAGAGCAGAACAGAUUUGGGUCACUGAUUGACGAGAGACAUUUUACUUUGUGUCUGAUACGCUGUGGUAUGAUGUUGGCCCAUGUUCUAGCUGCCCUGAGUGUUUCUUGCAACUAUUAAGAUUAACUGGAAUUUAAGGGCUUUUUGUAUGAAGUAUAAUUAUGUAUUUUUUGUAUUUCAUUAACAGUUAUUAAUCUGCUCCAUUGUAAAUCUCUAAACAGCUUCCCAGAAAAGGCUUCCUCUAUCUAUGGAAUGUUUUUUUUUAUACAAUGCGUAAUUAUUCAGUUGUAUACACAUGCAUUGUAACUGGAGAUUCAGAUAAUUUUCCUUGUGUGACGAGGCCUGCAAAUAUGGCUCAGAAGUACAGUAAAGUGAUUAAUUUAUAUUUUUCUGGUAAUUAUGUGGUUAAAUUUAGGGUUACUGAUGGAUGCUGCAUGUUGCUGGCCAUGCCACAUACAGUGUACUCAGAGUUUUUGCUGUUUUUCCAGCUGUCAUAUCCUCUUUACCAUUCCGUUCCUGAUAGGUUACUCUACUAACCGAAGUAAUUGUGAUAAUAGCUGUACUCUGUAAAGGAGGAAUUCAUAUUUUUACUGUGAACUAAUACAGGAGUAAUGGUUAUAUUAAAACACUUUUAUGGAUGAAUGUAUGGUUGCCAUGGCAGCUAUUGUUUUAUACAAAUUUUGUAAAUAAACUUGUAAUACUGUAACUUGUAA